AUGACUAGCUGCUGCAGCCCGUGCCUACACCCCCAAACCCAGGCAAGUGAGGAUGGCGCCGGAGUGACCCGCCUGCCCGCGGCGGCUGCCUCCCUACCAGACAGCGAUGAUCUCCUCUGGGAGAUCCUCCUACGCCUCCCGCCUCAGCCGUCCUCUCUCCCGCGCGCCUCCGCAGUUUGCAAGCGCUGGCGGGGCAUUCUCACUGACCCCAAGUUCCACCGCCAGUUCUAUGCACACCACCAGAAAGCUCCCCUCCUCGGCCUCUUCUCCUGGAGCUGCCAGGAUAUCAAGUUCAUCCCCAUCCUUGACCCGCCAGACACCAUACCUCCGCAGCGAUUCGAUCUUGGUCCCAACGGCAACAGCAACAGUGGCCGCCAUUCCUCCAUGCUCGAUUGCCGCCAUGGUCUCGUACUCAUCAAACACGAGCUGCGGAAAGCGGUUGCUGUGUGCGACCCCAUCACCGGCGAGCAUUACCAUGUGGCCGUUCCUCCGGAUUUCGAUUUGUUCUAUCUAAAGGGGGCGGUGCUGUGUGCCGCAACCGAACUUGGCCAUGUGCACGGCGGCUGCCACUCUAGCCCUUUCAAGGUGGUUCUGCUCUCCAAGUGCCAAAUAGACGAUCGACAAAUUGCUUGUGUUUACUCCUCGGAGACUGGCGUAUGGGGAAAUCUCAUCUCAACAGAGGCCUGGUGUGUGCUUCUUGCUAAACCUCCGGUCCUUAUUGGUAAUUGUCUUUACUGGUUGUCCAUAGACGAAGACAUACUUGAGUUUGAUUUGGACAUACUUGAGUUUGAUUUGGAUGAAAACACCCUAUCUGGGAUCAUGGGACCUCCCGUUACAAUUGAUACUGUCCAUGAAAACCACCAGAUCAUCCAAGCUGAGGAUGGCGAUCUUGGGUAUGCCGUGUUGUCUAAUCUUCGCUUCCAAAUAUGGCACAUGAACGUCAAUGGUCAUGGCGUUUCCACAUGGAUGCCAUGGAAGACCAUUGAAAUGCACCCAAUUCUUUCUCAGAAAGAGGGAGUGUGGGGACAACUGCUGGGGUAUGAUGAGGAUACUGAGGUUAUGUUUAUAGAUGUUCACUUCAGUGUCUACAUGGUUCAUAUUAAGUCGAUGCAAUCCAACAAACUUUAUAAAUCCCUCCGUACUAAUGCUAUCUAUUAUUCUUUCAAGAGUUUCUAUACACCAGGUGAUUCCCAUGCAUAG